AUGUGGCGACACUAUUUCCCAACUUAUCAUCCACCAUUUUGGUCGUAUUCGUUCACUCUAUUCCUAUUGCGAUUUUGCUUGAUAAUUUAUUUAUCAAUGCCACCAAAGGCUCGUUCUGGUUACACAAAAAAGCGUAAAUAUCGUGGAAACCAGUACUCUACUGAAUCGAAGCGUUCGAAGAAGGAAAAAACGAGUGUCAGCACCAAAGGUCUUGGGAAAGAAUGUUCAGCUUCUGCCCGCAAGAUUCCAGCAGGUCUGACCACCGCAUCUUCUGAGGGUAUCAAGGAGUGUAAGGAGUCAAUCAUAAGUGGAUUUCGGUUUGUAGAUAUGAGAAUUUUGUCUUCUGUGAUGGAAUGUAUGCCAUGCAAAGAAUGCUUUGUUUGUGAUUUAAUUUUACAAGAGCAAGCUAUGAAACGCAAAGGUUGUGCCUCGAAUCUUCGUUUGCUUUGCUGCUCGUGUGGUUGGUCUAUGGAAUUCUUUACUUCAGCUCAAAUAGGCCGUUUCUUUGAAGUAAACAGAAGAUUUGUGUAUGCUUCAAGAUCUGUUGGUUGUGGACGUGCGGCAGGUAAGAGGUUUUGUGGACUUAUGAACAUGCCGCCACCUCCUAGACCUACACCAUAUGCUCGCCAUAAUAAAGAAAUACUCCGAGCAGUAAAGAAGAUCUCACUGGAGACAAUGCGUGAUACUGCAAGAGAGAUUCACGAUAUCAAGCCAGGUUCAGAUGAGGGCAUAGCAAGAUGUGGAGUGUCUGUUGAUGGAACAUGGCAGAGAAGAGGCUUUUCUUCUUUAAAUGGCUGUGUGAGUGCUAUUAGCAUGGAUACAGGGAAAGUGGUAGAUGUUGAGCCCCUAAGCAAAGUUUGUAUCAAGUGCAGGGAGCAUGAAAAUGAUCCUGACACCCCAGAAACUACUGCAUGGAGAGCAGACCACAGAGCCUCUUGCAAGGCAAACUUUAAGGGUUCAGCACCAGCUAUGGAACCAGAAGGCGCCCUUCGAAUGUUUCAAAGGUCAGUAGAUCUGCAUAAGCUGCAGUAUGAUGAAUAUUAUGGCGAUGGUGACAGCAAAAGUUACUCAUUAGUCAAAGAUGUAUACCAAGUCUAUGAUAUUGAAGUUCAAAAGAAGGAAUGUGUUGGCCAUGUUCAAAAACGACUGGGAACAGCUUUACGAAAGUUAAAGAAGGAAAAGAAAGGGAUGGGUGGGAAAGGCAGGCUGACAGAUGCCAUGAUUGACAGACUGCAAAAUUACUAUGGAAUUGCCAUUCGAAGCAACUCAGGUGAUCUUGCUGCCAUGAAGAAGGCAAUUUAUGCCAGCUCGUUUCACUGUGCUUCUUCUGCAGACAGUAAUUACCAUGGGCAUUGCCCUGAGGGUCCUGAAAGCUGGUGUGGUUUUCAGCGGGACAAGGUCAAUAGGACAAACACUUUCAAACAUGGAACUGGCCUACCUUUAGAUGUCAGAGAGGAAAUCAAACCCAUUUAUAAAAGGUUGAGUGAGGACAGCCUUCUCAGCAAAUGUCUUGAUGGCAAGACUCAAAACCAGAAUGAGUCACUCAAUGGUAUGGUUUGGGAGCGUGUGCCAAAGGGGGUGUUUGUUGGUUCUGAAGUACUGCAGCUGGGGGUUUAUGAUGCUGUCGCUCACUUUAAUAUUGGUUCAAGAGCAGCUAUUAAAGUGUUUGAGAGUCUUGGAAUUCCCCCAGGUGAAUUCUGUAUAAAUGAAUGCCAGCAGUUGGACAAGAUUCGUGUUUUGAAAGCUGAAUACAAGUUCCAAGAGAAGAACAAGACAAGGAGGAGGCUACUCAGGGGAAAAAAGAAAAAAAAAACAAAUCCCAGGAAAAGGAGGGUGACAUAUAUGCACCUGGUGCAU